UCCGCCUCCCGAGACCUAUAACUGGCUAAGAAAAGCUUCUCCUCCUGCCUCUUCUUCCCUAGAUAGGCGUCAGCGUCAUGGCCAAGAUUCAUUCAUCUAAUUGCCUCCGGAGAUUUCCUUGAGAUUCAGAUUCGAUUACAGCGUUGUCAGGUCGCGCGCACGCAAUCGACAUGAACAAAACAGCCGGGGCGUUUCCCUUAUCUCGUUCGCCAGAGUUUCAGUAGGCGUCAUGGGGGAGGAGAAUGCUGCAUCUACGAAUAGCAUCACGGUAAACGUGAGAGUUUACAUGCACUGCGACGCCUGCGAAAGAUCGGUACGCCGCACCAUCAAGAAAAUCGAUGGCGUGGAGACGGUGGAGGUGGACAGGGAGGAGAACAAGGUGACGGUGACGGGGGACUUCAAGGCCGAGAAGGUGCUGAGGAAGCUCAAGAAGAAGACCGGGAAGAAGGCCGAGAUUCUGCCUCCGGACACAGAGGAAGAAAACCAGGAGGAAGAGAAGCAGGAGCCCGACGACGAUGCUUACGCUCCUUACGGUUACGGCCGUCCGGCGCCGGACAUGGACGCCGUUCUAGGCAACGAGUUCCAGAGGCCGCCGCGAUGGGACCUCCAUUAUUUCGACGACGAGAACACGGAAGCAUGUAGGAUCAUGUAGGGAGUUGCUAGAGCAGCAUUUGAUUUCGGGGUGGUAGUAUGUGUUUUCCUUGGUUCUCCUAAGCUACAGAUACUUGAUACUUGUAACUUAUUCGUAUAACAAAUUGGC